AACUCGCCCUCAGCGUCAUUCUUGCCCGGAAGAGGCCGUCGAUACGAAGUUCUUAUUCUUAUAAUCCUUAUUAACUAACGAAUUCAGUUGUCUUAAAAAAUUUUAAUAUUUUAUUUUAAACUCAAAUUUGUUUCAUCCUCCACUUUAUCAUCUUUUUGUGAGUUUCUGAAAAAUUUAUAGAAAUAAAAAGAUUUGUUUACCGGUUGAUAUUUACGUCAGUUUAAAGUAAAUAAGAAACGAAAAAUAAUAUACAGAGAUCUUUCUGUCAAAAUAAAUAUAUUUCGUAUAUUAUAUAAUAAAAAUUUCAGUACUUCUACCGAAGUAGCAACACGCGACAUUUCAACUUCAGUGUUGGCACUAGCAACAGAAGGCAAACGUGUGAUAAGAAUGAACAAGACAAGAUUUGUUAACGUCCUGCUGAUAUGUUAUCUGGGUUUUGUGACUGGUUUAAUGGAAGAUUCCAGAAAUGUUUUUGAAAGGUCGGCAAGAGAUAUUUCGCAGCGUUUGGGAUGUGCAGCGAAAAAGGAUUACGAUUUUAUCACGGAAUAUAAACGUCUACCUGAAAAUCGUUACGUCGCUGAAUACAAACGGUUUCCUGAAUAUCGAUAUAGCUUUGGCAUUGGAAAAAGGUGGUUCGAUGACACUAACAUAAAGAGGAACUCACCCUAUUCUUUUGGAGUUGGUAAAAGGCUUGUCGAGAAAAUACAUCCACUACGAUUUUUAACUGGCUUAUCAAAUGGUGACAGAUUCAACAGUUACUUAAAAAACGAUGAAGUCGAUGAUUAUGGAAUGAAAAGAGGUGCACCAUCACGUUCUUAUGAUUUUGGAAUUGGAAAACGCUCUAAAAUCUUUGAUGUCAUUGAUGAAGAUCGACAUAUGCUUAAAGACAACACAGAUGACAGCAGUCAAAUAAUGCAUAAUCAUGAUCAAGAUAAAGGUCACUUAGAUGUCUUUAAUACAAAUGCUCUGAACUCAAAUGAAGAUCACACUUGGGAUCAGUAUUAAUAACAAUCACUUCAUUUGCUUUAUUUUUUCAUUAAGUAUAAAAUGACAUCUAUUGUAACUCUUAGAAAAUAUUGACAGGAUUUGUAGAUUUUAUAAGUUAUUCAUUCUUCUAACAUCAAUGUGUAAUGCCUGUCUUGAGAGAUUUAAAAGCUUCAAUGGAACAUUAGAGUUAUUAAAAAAUUUAUUAGUAAUUCUUGAAAAGAUGUAAUCAUUAAGAAAAAAAGUAAUAAAUGACUUUACAAAGUAGUUGAAAGUCUUUAGAGUUAAAGUCAUAUUUAAAUUAAAUUAUUAUUCAGUAUAAUCUUCUUCACAGUGGCUACAUCUUUUUGAUGAAUUAAUCAAGCUAACAUUGACUCUUUUGUUAUUAAUUGUUACUACAUAUUAGAAAAUACAUUGAAAAGAAUGUACCAACUGUAUUAAUAUCAGAAUACAACAUAUAACAGUAAUUGGAUGACCAGAUAAAACUUAAAUACGCUAGAGAUUAAUGAUAAGAACGCCCCCUUAUGUCAUAACAAUCUUGAAACUUUUCCGUAUUUCAUUUUACUCACCAUCAGAAGCUUCUGUUUAGUUAAACUUUAAUGUAAAUUGAAUAUUAAAUGAAAUGUCUAUAAUAUAUAUAUUAUCAAAAAUAAAUAAAAAAUCUCAAUAAAA